ACGUGGACCGCGGGCUGCUGGAGCGUCUGAGCACCAUCAACGGUACUCUGAGCGCUCAGUGGAACCGCCUGCAGAACAUCCGCAGCACCGUGGACGACACCGGGCUCCAGUCGGACCGAGCCAGGUCCAGAGUGAGAGACGCAGAGAGUCUGAUCGAUAAAGCCCGCCACGAACUGGACAAAGCCAAGGAGGCCGUGGCCAAAGUGGACAUCAAAGCCCCGAGUGGCAGCGGAGACCCGAACAACAUGACACUGCUCGCUGAGGAGGCCCGCAACCUGGCCGACAAGCACAAAAUGGACGCCGAUCAGAUCGAGAAGAUCGCUAAAGACGCCAACGACACGUCGACUCGAGCUCACGAGCUGCUGCUGAAGACUCUGGAGGGCGAGAGCCAGACGAGCCGCGAGAUCGACGAGCUCAACAAGAAAUACACCGAGGCGAAGGAGCUGGCGAAGAGUCUGGAGAAGCAGGCGAACAAGUGCAGGCGGAGGCCGAGGACGCCGGGAACCGAGACGCUGAAGAUCUUCGCCAAACCUCACCUCCAUCCCGCCGUUCAACACCAAGACUCUGGAGGAUGAGGCCAGUAAAAUAAAGAAGGAGGCGUCGGACCUCGAUAAGCUCAUCGACAAGACGGAGAAGGAGUACAACGACCUGCGAGACGACCUGAAGGGCAAAGAGCAGGAAGUACGCAAACUGCUGGACAAAGGACGCAGCGAGCAGCAGACUGCCGAUCAGCUGCUGGCCCGAGCGGACGCUGCUAAAGCUCUGGCUGGGGAGGCGGCGGAGAAAGGGAAGGCGACUUUCAGAGAGGCCGAAGGCAUCCUGGAGGACCUGCGAG